AUGGGGGAGGCCGGUAUUGUCUUCAUUGGAUAUAUUCUGGCAAUAUCGCUGACAGUCACAUCCUUCCAGAACAUUGGUAGUAUCUGGGAUGAAGUCCAAACAAGGAAAAACCCGUGUCGUGACACAACAUGCGGGAAAGGGCAGAAUGUCUGCGAAUGCUUCCUGACAGUUUCCCAUCGUCUUACCAUGAUGAUAGAAGAAGAGCGGUCUCUAGUUGUUCCUAGAGGAGGCCAGCUUUAUGAGUAUAACAAACCGAAUGAGCCUAUCAUAAAAGCAGACCAAAUACCGUACAUCUUGACGGCAGAUGCCAACAAUUCUCGACUCGUAAUUAGCGUAAAUCGGCUUUUCCCAGGACCACAGAUCACGGCGUAUGAGGACCAGACCUUGAUCAUCCACGUCCGAAACCUGAUGGACACAGAUAGUACUACGGUUCACUGGCAUGGAAUGCACCAACAGGGAUCAACUUAUGCGGAUGGCGUUGCCAUGGUAUCCCAAUGUCCACUAGGACACGGCCAGGAGUUUACUUACAAGUUUAAGGCCAAGCCGCAUGGCACCAGUUUUUACCACGCCCACAUCGGUGAUCAGAGAACAAUGGGUUUGUAUGGAGCUAUUGUUGUAUAUCCAAAACUGGAGCUUCCGUCAGAAACAAGAGACGAACAUGUUGUGAUGCUGCAGGACUGGAACCACGGAGACGACACACCCACAAUAUUUCAACGCAUAUUGUACGGUGUAUAUGACCAGAAGAAGAACAUACCGUACAAUACAACAUCUUCGGUCGACGGUGGCAUGUACAGUAGAUACAGAUACCAUUCGGGAUUGGUGAAUGGGAAAGGUCGUUACUACAAGAGUUCUACUGAACAUAACGAGGCUCCGCUGACUGAAUUUGAUGUGGCUCCAAAUAGGAACUACACCUUCAGGGUGAUCAGUGCAGCCACUCUUUAUCCAUUCCGUGUGUACGUGGAAGGCCACCCGAAAAUAACAGUUGUUGCCUCGGACGGAUUCGCAUUGAAACCCAUGAUUGUGGAAUCGUUCAUCAUCAAUCCAGGAGAAAGAUAUGAUUUCGUACUGUUCACAGACAAGUUGGAGAAACCAAAAGGUAACUAUUUACUUGUUGCACAGACACUGGAAGUCGAAAGUGAAAUCACUAAAAGAGGCGAGUACCACGUUGCGGAAGCCAUCAUUCAUUACAUAGGAAGUACCCGGAACUUAAACCCAGGUAAGGCCAGUAAAAAUCCGUGUACCUCGACAGACAAAUGCGUGAUAUUUAACUGUCCCUAUCUUUUUCCUGAAAGAAAAAAUGAAAUUUGUUUGACAUAUAAUGACGCAAGAACAGAUGAUUUCAAUUCUCGGCCGCAAGAUGUCAGCACCAUCGAUGAGGAGUACUUUUUUAAUUUUGCUUUUCCGGGGCCUGUUGGCUAUAUGGAAGGAUGGGUGAAUGGCCGUCAAUGGGUACCUCCUGUGGCUCCUAUCUACUCACAGCCCGAAGACGUCAACACUGUCUGUGAUCUGAAUUGUGAGGACACAACAUGCAGAUGUACAUACACACAGGAAAUAGAGAAUGGAAAGGUAUACCAAUUUACACUGACCAACCUCGGAAAUGGGAAAGGGUGGUCACAUCCGGUGCAUUUACACGGACAUUCAUUUUACAUCAUGAAGAUGGGGUUCGGACAGUACAAUGCCAGUGGCUUUUUGAUUGAUUCAACCCCGGAUAUAUCAUGUUCGCGCGGAUCAAAGGGAUAUUGUAACAGUCCUAUAUGGGCUAACGCCAGCUGGAAUGGAGGAAAUGUACCGGGACUUGUCCUUGAUAACACUGCACAGAAAGACACCAUCAUCGUUCCCACGCACGGAUACGUCGUGAUCAGAUUCAAGGCAGACAACCCAGGGGCCUGGUUCUUUCAUUGCCAUAUCGACCUCCACAACACUAACGGAAUGGGGUUGGUGAUUAUUGAAUCUCCCGUGAAUUAUCCGAAGGUUCCGAAUGAUUUCCCGGUUUGGGGAGAUUUUAAAGAGCAAAAUGAUGAUGAUGACAACAACAAAGAUGAGUCGGGACCCGGAUUUGGAGCCGGAAUAGGCGCAGGCAUAGGAAUUUCCGUAGGUGUCGCUCUUCUGAUUGGCCUAGGCAUAUGUAUCGUAAUGAGAAACAAACAAUCGCAAGAGGAGGUCUGAAUACUUGUAGACUCAGGGACAAUAUACAUGUAAUGUGCAACAAGAAGUCAACAAAAACUACAAUAGCAUAAUACAAUGUAUUAUUUUGUACAGAAUAGUGAAACACAUAAAUUUAGACAAAGUUUGUUGUAUACACUGGAUAAAAGUUUGUUCAAUACAGGAUGGUAAAUUCAAUCAUACAAUAGUACUUAUGAUAUUAACAUGUUUGUUUUUAAAACAAAUCAUUUCAAUAUCUUAACAAUAUAUAUAUAUAGGUCAAAGAAGUAAUAUGAACAGUAUAAUCCAGAUAACACUGGAUCCUCA